UCCCCAAGGACGCAUAACCUUUAUCAGCUUCCUAAAGUAGGCCAGAGGUGCCUAUCAGCUCUCUCAGGACAGUUUCUGUAACCAUGGCAGCCUUCGUGGAGCUCAGUACCAAAGCCAGGAUGCCCAUCGUGGGCCUGGGCACCUGGAAGUCUCCCCCUAAUAAAGUCAAAGAAGCUGUGAAGGCCGCCAUUGAUGCUGGGUACCGCCACAUUGACUGCGCCUAUGUGUAUCAGAAUGAGAAUGAAGUGGGGGAAGCCAUCCAAGAGAAGAUCAAGGAGAAGGCCGUGAAGCGGGAGGACCUCUUCAUUGUCAGCAAGCUGUGGUCCACCUUCUUCGAGAAAAGCCUGGUGAAGAAAGCCUUUCAGAAAACCCUCACGGAUCUGAAGCUGGACUACCUGGACCUGUAUCUAAUUCACUGGCCACAGGGAUUCCAGGCUGGAAAUGAAUUUUUACCAAGAGACGAUAAAGGCAACAUUCUCGUCAGUAAAGCAACAUUCUUGGAUGCUUGGGAGGCCAUGGAGGAACUAGUGGACCAGGGGCUGGUGAAAGCUCUGGGUGUCUCCAACUUCAACCACUUGCAGAUUGAGAGGCUCCUGAGCAAGCCUGGACUGAAACAUAAGCCAGUGACCAAUCAGAUUGAGUGCCACCCAUUUCUCACCCAGGAGAAACUGAUCCAGUACUGUCACUCCAAAGGCAUUGGCAUCACGGCCUACAGCCCUCUAGGUUCCCCAGACAGACCUCAAGCCAAGCCAGAAGACCCUGUAGUACUGGAGAUUCCCAAGAUUAAGGAGAUUGCUGCAAAGCACAAGAAAACUGCAGCCCAGGUUCUGAUUCGGUUCCACAUCCAAAGGAAUGUGGUGGUGAUCCCCAAGUCUGUGACACCCUCCCGCAUACAAGAGAACAUUCAGGUCUUUGACUUCCAGCUAAGUGAUGAGGAGAUGGCCACCAUUCUCAGCUGCAACAGAAACUGGAGGGCCUGCGGCCUGUUUAUGGCAAGUCAUCUUGAGGAGUUCCCUUUCCAUGCCGAAUACUGACACGGGUUCACCUGAUGAGUUUGCCCAGUCGCCCUCUUCACGGGUGUGCCAUCCUCUCCUCAGGACUCCUAUUGUUGCCAAGCCUACCAGAUACCACACUGAGCCAGCCACAAGAAGACAAUUCUUCAUUUAAACCUCAUGUUCAGCUAGAGGCAGCCUGUCACAGACAGGACAAUUGUUUUCACUAAUUAGAUCUGGCCAAAUGUUUGUCUUACCCCAGUGGUAAUUCUGAGGACAUAAAGAUCAAACAAUAAAAAUGACAAUCACCACACA